ACUCAGGAUCUUGCCUUGAACAGCAAACCAACUCAUCACUCCUGACACCAUGAGGCACCUCAGCAACUACGACGGAAGCCUGGGCUAUGGCUUUGGAGGCUUCAGUGGCCUGGGAUCUGGCUAUGGCUGUGGAUGUGGCAGCUUCCCCCAACUGGGCUAUAGAGGCUUUGGAUUUGGCUCUGGCUUUGGAAGCUACGGAUAUGGCUGCUCCCGCCCAUCAUGCUAUGGAGGUUAUGGAUUCUCUAGCUUCUACUGAACUACGCUCUGGUAAUGCAAAAUCUGUUACCAUGAGUGGAUUUGCCACCACAGUCUUCAAUCAGUGGACUGAGAUUACCCUAGGCCUAUUUAGCAACCUGAGAAUAUCAGAGAAUUUAUUAAUGUAAGCAUGUCUGCAUCAUGUCUACUGGCAUCCUCAGCUUGGGCACUAACAGAUGAUGUAUGUUGAAUACCAGUAAAUGACUUAAUUUGAAAUAGAAAA